AUGCUAUUCAGCUGGCCUUACCCAGAUGCUCCAAUUGAAGGUUAUUGGGGCAAACCUACCUCUCUGAUCGACUGGUGUGAGGAAAAUUAUGUUGUAUCCCCCUAUAUUGCAGAAUGGUCAAAUACUAUAACUAACAGUAUAUUCUUAAUGACUGCCUUCUAUUCUACAUACAGCGCUUGGCGCAAUAAAUUGGAAACAAGAUACGUAUUGAUAGGAAUGGGUUUUUCGUUAGUUGGUAUUGGUUCGUGGCUAUUUCAUAUGACUUUACAAUACCGUUACCAACUAUUGGACGAAUUGCCAAUGCUUUAUGCAACUAUCAUUCCUUCGUGGAGUAUUUUUGCAGAAACUCAAGAAAUCUUGAUUAGGGAUGAGAAGAAAAGAAAGGAAAGCUCAUUUAGAAUUCAAAUGGUUAUUUCCUUUAUCAUGUGUGGUAUAGUCACUGCAUUGACCUGGAUUUACGUUGUCGUGCAAAAACCUGCGAUUUUCCAGGUUCUUUAUGGUAUUUUGACCCUUAUGGUGGUGUUUCUGUCUGGAUGGCUAACGUAUAACCAUGUCCAUGACCCAGUUGCAAAGAAGAAUCUUUUCAUUACUAUGGUUAUGGGCAUGGUGCCCUUUGCUAUUGGGUUCAUUUGUUGGCAAUUAGACAUUCACUUGUGUUCUUUCUGGAUCUAUAUCAGAAGAACAUAUUUGGCUUUACCAAUGGGUGUGUUUCUGGAGCUGCAUGCUUGGUGGCAUCUUUUGACCGGUACUGGUGUCUACAUCUUUGUCGUUUAUUUGCAAUAUUUAAGGAUUUUAACUCAUGGAAAUCCGGAUGACUUUAUAUUCAUAUGGAGAUGGAGGUUCUUCCCUGAGUUGGUGAGAAAGGGUUUACCGAUUGGUACCUCUUAUUCUAUGGAGUAUCUGGGACCAACUGUAAAUGCACAAGCAGAUAACGAAUCCAAAAAGAACAACUAA